AUGGCGACCACACCUCCCCCACCGUCAACACUGAGGAUCCCUCCCACUCCUCGACACGGCGCUGGGUACGAUCAAUAUUCUCCCUACGCUACCCGUCACUCGGCCAGACUAGCUAGCCAGCGACCUGUGCGGGAGUCACGAGUUACUCCGCCGCCCAGCUUUCCUGACCUUCACCACCUGGCCAGCCCUAGGACUGGGGCAAAGGAGCGAGGAAGUCGAGCUGAAGCGUUGUCCCCUCCAGGAUCUGCCUGGAGCUCUCCACGGAAGAAGACCACAGGACGGUUGGGUGCUGCUGUGCCGCCAUAUUCACUGCUGGGUGCCUGCACCUCCGACAUGGACCUUUCAGAUCCCUUCGACAACACCGCUGCCAAGCAACAACAACGUCUUCACCACCCAUCUCACACCACCACCAUGACUGACGGUAUGCUGCCGACUCCUGCCAAAACGCCUAAGAAAAAAGUUGUGGGCGAUAUUGGAGGCACAGCGCGCACGCUGUUCCCUCCAAACCCCAUGUCUGGACGCACCAAGCGAUCGAAAAAGCACACGGGAUUCUCCCUCGAUAGCUUCACUGAAGAUGCCAGUGGCAAUAAAACCAAGAUCGAGAUCUACACGGAUUCGCGCGAUCGCAUCCCAGAGCUGGACGAGAGUGAAAGCAACCCCUUCUAUACAAAGGUCACAGAAAGCCAGCCUGCCCCCCCUCCUACCAGCACGCGUACCUCCAGACGGCUCAAAACAGCAGGAGGAAAGCGUAGCAAGGAAGUCGACGAUGCGAUCAAGCGUGAGGAUGGCAUGGUAUAUGUCUUUCGCGGCAAGAAAACCUUUCGCAGAUUCAUCGACGCAGUGGAAAGUGACGGCGAUGAUGAUGGCGACGACGACGAUGACUUGGGCCUUUUCGCGUCUCGGCCCGAUCUUCUGGAACCGUCGUUGACCAACAACGUUCGACCUCUCACCCGUUCCUCCAUCAAGCCGCGGGUGCUGUUCCCUAGUGCCCAUGCUCCUCCUACCAGUCAGGAAACACACUCGAGCGAUGCCGACGAAGAGGCGGCUACCGAUAUUGAGGACGUCGCUGCACUUAAGACAGACGCGCCUGAGCCCAGUCACCCUGUGGAAGCCAAACAGCACGAACAGCUGACGACUCCUUCGGUCGCACCGCCUGCCGAUACCCCAUCCUCCCCGGGAGCUACCCUUCGUUCCCUGCGAUCUCGUGCCAAACGCGAUGGGGUUGAGCAUGACGCAACCACGCCUUCUGGAGCUGAAGUUUCGAAGAAACGAGUCAGCCCCUUUGACGGCUGGCUACGGAAGAAGCAGGUCCCUACCACCACCGGUGUCAAGACCAAGAAGCGAGAUGCCGAAGCUGUCGACAGCCCCGCGGGUCCAGCCAUCAAGAAAUCCAGAGUCACUCGUGCCACUGCAACAUCAUCGCAAUGA